GGCGCGGCGCGGAGCCAAUGGGAGCGCCGGGGAAGCGCGCGCCGGGUCGGGAGCAGCCUUGAGUAGUGCUUGGCUGUGCCCCUCCUGAGUGCUCCAUAGGAAAGCGGCGAUGAUCACAUUCAUGAACAAUUCGGACAGUGAGGAGGAGCCCUGCAAUGAGAGAACAUCCCUGAUGUCUGCAGAGAGCCCUCCAGUACCCUCCUACCAGGAUGGCCUGCAAGCCUCAGAAGCAGGGGAAGUGCAGGCACACAGGAAGAGGCGAGCAGGUAGCAGCCGUAGCCCGAACAAUAUUGCGGGUGGAGAAAUGCCUGGCUCGGGUGUUCCAGUGAGAGAAAGCGCCCCGGAAAAUGAAGAGGAGGAACUGACUCUGAAAUAUGGAGCAAAGCAUGUAAUCAUGCUCUUUGUGCCUGUCACCCUUUGUAUGAUUGUUGUCGUCGCCACCAUAAAGUCAGUGCGCUUCUAUACGGAGAAAAACGGGCAGCUGAUCUACACCCCUUUCAGUGAGGAUACCCCGUCUGUGGGCCAGCGCCUCUUGAACUCGGUGUUGAACACUAUCAUAAUGAUCAGUGUCAUCAUUGUAAUGACUGUGUUCCUAGUUCUGCUCUAUAAAUAUCGCUGCUACAAGUUCAUCCAUGGCUGGCUGAUCCUGUCCUCUUUGAUGCUGCUCUUCCUCUUUACCUACAUAUAUCUUGGUGAAGUAUUGAAGACCUACAAUGUGGCCAUGGAUUACCCCACUCUGUUCUUAGUCAUCUGGAAUUUUGGAGCUGUUGGAAUGAUUUGCAUCCACUGGAAAGGUCCCUUGCAGCUCCAGCAAGCAUAUCUCAUUAUGAUCAGUGCUCUAAUGGCAUUGGUUUUCAUUAAAUAUCUACCUGAGUGGUCAGCAUGGGUGAUUCUAGGUGCAAUCUCCAUCUAUGAUCUGAUGGCUGUUCUCUGUCCCAAGGGGCCACUGAGAAUGCUGGUAGAAACUGCACAGGAGAGAAAUGAGCCAAUUUUCCCUGCAUUAAUAUAUUCCUCUGCUAUGAUGUGGACAGUUGGAAUGGCAAAGCCAGACACAGCAGCAAGAGGAUCAAGUCAGCAGACAUGGGAUACAGCUGAGGAUGGGAGAGAACACCACAGGAGCCCUUCACAUGCAGACUCUCAGAUGUCAGAGACGAGGAGUCCUGUUCCAACCCGCCCCGUCACUUCUUUAGAGGAGCUCGAGGAGGAGGAAAGGGGUGUGAAGCUGGGCCUUGGAGACUUCAUAUUUUACAGUGUGCUUGUUGGGAAAGCAGCUGCCACAGCUAGUGGAGACUGGAAUACCACGCUUGCCUGCUUUGUAGCCAUUCUCAUAGGUUUAUGCUUAACACUUUUAUUACUGGCUGUUUUUAAGAAGGCACUGCCUGCUCUUCCCAUCUCCAUCACCUUUGGCUUGAUCUUUUACUUCUCGACAGACAACCUUGUGCGACCAUUCAUGGACACCCUGGCCUCCCACCAGCUGUAUAUUUAGAAGAAGUCGGAGUUAGAGGAUUCUUUUUCAAGCUUUGCUGUGAAGUAUGGUACACUGUUUGGAAUAGGUCAUAAAGUUUUUACACGUAAUGCCAUAUAUUUGUAAGGAAAACACUAAUUCUGUGACAUGCUGUGUACUAAAAAUCUAAUAGUUAUCGGUUAAACUGAGAUUUUUCACAGGAUUCUUGGUGAAAAGCCUGGCUCCUUGCUGAUGUCAGAGUGUUACUUUUAUGUUAUUUGAUGUGCACAGUGGCUGUUGUGAGCACAGAAACCUGCAUGUAGAAUGGGACACUAGAGAGGUGAGGGGUCUGAUCUGGUCUGAUCUUCCGGAAGCUAAGGUGUUUUAGCCCCGGAAUUGCAGACAACUUUAACUGUGCUGUGGAAUUUCUGAGUUUUCAUACAUUUGAGGUGUUGUGCAAACACGAGCUUCAAGUACUUAGAAAAGCAGAGCAGGCAACGUGCACAGAACAGAGCAGCGUGUGAGCUCUAGAGCAGCGAGGCUGAACUUCGUAAGUUGGCUGCUGUGCACACAACGUCUGUUGAAAUUGCCCCAAAUGCCUAUUUAUUCUCACCUUAGUUAGACAUAGCAAGCCAUGAUGGAUCUAGACAGGGUGUCAGUGGUGGGAUGCAUCCCUCACUGCAGCCAACAGCUAAUGGAGGUGGGGCUGCCCAUUCCAGCACAUCGGAUCCUCAGCCUGGGAAAACAGAUACUUUUCUGCUCUCUCCUCCCAAGGUUUCAUUUUUUUUAAAAAUAUUUUUCUGGGUCCAUACUGGAAUCCUCAAAUUACCCUAAGGUGGAAAUGACUGAACAACUCCAGUAAAUCAGACCUGUAACUCAUUGUGUGUGUUUCUGGUCUCAUUUCUGUGCAUUGUUGUAACUACUCCAAAGGAGGAAUUACCUUCCUUUUAUGAAGAGGUCCCUCUCUUACACUGAUGGAGGCUUGGUUUGUCUAGGUUUUUGUACAGUUUAAAGACUUUUUUUUUUCAUUACAAGUUUUAAAAUAGCUAUUUACUGUCAAAGGGACUCUUUUGGAAAUAUCCUGUCAUAGUUUGUAUCAAAAUAUUGGGGUGCAAACUUUAAUCUGCUGUUACAUUACUUCUAGGAAUAGUUACACACACUCAAGUGAGUUCAUUAAAAAAAAUUGGUGCUUGGUGCCAGUAAAAAAUAUAUAGGUCUGACUUAACCUUUAUGUUUUCUCCACCUUUGAAAAUGACUUUAUUUCUACUCUGAGAGUCAGUUUUUCAGUAAUAGCCAAGUUCUGUGAUUUUUCUCCUUUCCUUUUUACUUGAGUGUUUGUUAUGCAAACAAGCUUUUUUUUCUUUGACAGCUGAUCAAUGUCAGAAUAUGUAACACAAGAUUUUGUGAAUAAUGCAACGUCAGUGAGAGAUGGAGAACUUUAUCUCUGAAAAACUUUUUAGAUAAGGCUUUGAAUUUUUAAUGUAGUACCUUUUUCUAAUAAACUUGUUCCAGCUAA